UGUUCUGUUGUGUACACCGUAUGAUAAUGUUGCAACUGUUGAACAUUCAAAACUUGAAUUCAAGACUUGCGUCUUUAGAGUUACUAGCAAGAAAUGGAAACUAGCUGUAGUUAAGAAAUUGUUUCCCAAAUCUGACGUCACCUUCACAUACACCGUAAAUAACAACACCAUGAGCACGUUUCAUCAUGAUCUGACCAUAACCUUUGUGAACAGGACAGAGCUGGACACUGACUUUCUAUGGCUAAAGAUCGACGAUGCUAUAGUAUCACAACUACAUUUACCUCAAGUUUCAGUUCAAGAUGGUGAAGUCAAAAGACACUACAUGAUAUUUGUAGUGACUGGUUUAGCCGUGUUGCUGACACUUUUGGCUUGUUGUGUCACUUGGAAAUACUUUGGCAAUACAUUGAAGUCCAAAUACACCUCAUUAAGAUUGGUAUAUAAACAGUUAUCGAGUAAAGAAAUGUCCAUACACCCUCGAAAUUAUGCAGCUGUUAGCUUAUCAACAGAAAACACGGAAGUCCUGAAAAAUAAUGAAUCAAAAGCAAUGAAACGUCAAUACGAGAACAUCUCCCCAAACAACGUCUAUACAUCGCUCAGCUUUUUAGAGAGUCUAGACGAGAACAACUUGGCCCAAAGUCUAAAGAAAUGUAUGAAGCUGAACAACGAAAACAUGGUCACAUUCCAAAAUUAUAGGUACCAGAAGAAUAGGCUUACUUCUGCACUAUGUCAAAGUUUUAAAAGACAGAUGCCUGAUAUUGGCCGUGGGCAAGGCAAAGACUUAAAGAAAACAAGAUUAUUCCAUUCGUCUCUAGUUUCUAGUUCUGAAAAUAUAACGCUCAGGGAUGAACUAUCUUCUAGCAACAAUGGCGGUGUUAGUGAAACUGUGAAUGCUUAUGUACAUUUAAAGGGGAGCAAUAAGGAUAUAAGAGAGCCAAGCUAUAUAUUGGAUGUACAUCAAAGCUCAUCAGAAGAUGAUUAUAAGCAGAUACCUGACCCGAAAGAAUUACGCGAAGUAAUGUCUCUUGGACGAUACGUUAAUGAUGAUGGUCUGAUCUAUAUAAGUCUGUCCCAUGACUACAUCGGAAACCGAUACAGAAGACAGAAGAAUACAAAACAUAGCAACACGUCUGCUAGCACAGAGGAUGAGAAGGUCAUCUACGCUGACAUUAACUGGAUCAAUAAAUGCUUGUCAGCUGAAACUAACCUUGAUAAGUCCACCUAGAGAAGUAAUUGGCCACGCGACUUAAAAACGUAUUUUUCUUUUCAAUGUUAUAUUAAAUACAAUAUAAGUCAAAUGUAGAUAAUGAGGAAAUUGUAUCAAAUAAUUAAGGUUGCUCUAUGGAUCAAUAAAACAAUCAUUGAAAUGAAAUAAAAGAAUGUAAAUCUUGUAAUUUUACAUUGAGAAUCAAGAUAAAGCAAAAAAAAAAUUAUACUGAUUUAAAGAGAAGAUGUUGAUAUAUUUGAUGUAUUUUAUUGGGUGUGUGUGUGUGUGCUUGUGUGUGAAUCUGCUAAAAACAUCACUAGGAUAUCAGUAGUUGAAAUGGAAAUAUGCCCCAUUUUCUAUAAAACAAUAAACAAGCCAAACACACAAAUAUCUAUCUAUCUAUCUAUCUACCUAUCUAUCUAUCUAUCUAUCUAUCUAUCUAUCUAUCAAUCUAUCUAUCUAUCUAUCCAUCCAUCCAUCCAUCCAUCCAUCCAUCCAUCCAUCUAUCUAUCUAUCUAUCUAUCUAUCUAUCUAUCUAUCUAUCUAUCUAUCUAUCUAUCUAUCUAUCU